CGAGCCGGGCCGAGCCGGGCCGGGCCGGGCCCAGGAGAGCGCUGGCGAUGCGGGAGGCCAGGCAGGGGUCGGCUGGCCCCUGAACCCCGCGCUGGGCCAGCGAGGAAGCCCCGCGGCCGCCGCGCGCCCGAGGCCGGCCCGCAAUGGCCGGGGUCAGCUACGCGGCGCCCUGGUGGGUGAACCUCUUGCACCGGCUGCCCCACUUCGACCUGCGCUGGGAGACCACCAGCAGCCAGUUCCGGCCCGAGGACACCGACUACCAGCAGGCGCUGCUGCUGCUGGGGGCCGCCGCGCUGGCCUGCCUCGCCUUGGAUCUCCUCUUCCUGCUUUUUUACUCCUUUUGGCUGUGCUGCCGGCGGCGCAAGAGCGAGGAGCACCUGGACGCCGACUGCUGCUGCACCGCUUGGUGCGUCAUCAUCGCCACCCUGGUCUGCAGCGCCGGCAUCGCCGUGGGCUUCUACGGCAACGGGGAAACCAGCGACGGCAUCCAUCGGGCCACCUACUCGCUGCGCCACGCCAACCGCACUGUGGCUGGGGUCCAGGACCGCGUAUGGGACACGGCCGCCGCCCUGAACCGCACGGCGGACCCCAACCUGCAGAGCCUGGAACGGCAGCUGGCGACGCGGCCCGAGCUCCUGCGAGCGGUGCAGCGGCUGCAGGACCUACUCGAGGCGCUGCUAGGCUACACCUCUGCCAUCCCGUUUUGGAGAAACCCGGACGUAUCACUGGAGGCUUUGGCAGAGCAGGUCGAUCUCUACGACUGGUACAGGUGGCUGGGCUACUUAGGGCUGUUGCUGCUCGACGUGGCUGUUUGUCUGCUGGUGCUGGUCGGCCUCAUCCGCAGCUCCAAGGGUGUCCUGGUGGGGGUCUGCCUGCUGGGGGUCCUGGCCCUGGUCAUCAGCUGGAGUGCUCUGGGCUUGGAGCUGGCUGUGUCUGUGGGCUCCAGUGACUUCUGUGUGGACCCCGAUACCUAUGUGACCAGGAUGGUGGAGGAGCAUUCGGUGCUGAGUGGGGACAUCCUGCGGUAUUACCUGGCCUGCUCGGCUCGUGCCUCCAAUCCCUUCCAGCAGAAGCUGUCGGGCAGCCACAAGGCGCUGGUGGAGAUGCAGGAUGCUGUGACCGAGCUCCUGAAGACUGUCCCCCGGGAGUACCCAGCCACCAAGGAGCCCCUGCUCCGUGUCCAGGAGGUGCUGAACGGCACAGAGGUGAACCUGCAGCAUCUCACUGCCCUGGUGGACUGCCGGAGCCUGCAUUUGGACUACGUGCAGGCCCUGACGGGCUUCUGCUAUGAUGGUGUCGAGGGCCUCAUCUACCUGGCCCUCUUCUCUUUCGUCACAGCGCUCAUGUUCAGCUCCAUCGUCUGCAGUGUCCCACACACCUGGCCACAGAAGAGGGGCCCCGAUGAGGACGGGGAGGAGGAGGCCGCCCCAGGGCCACGGCAGGCCCACGACGGCCUCUACCGGGUCCACAUGCCCAGCCUGUACAGCUGCGGCAGCAGCUACGGCAGUGAGACCAGCAUCCCAGCCGCGGCCCACACCGUCAGCAACGCCCCGGUCACCGAGUACAUGAGCCAGAACGCCAAUUUCCAGAAUCCCCGCUGUGAGAACACCCCCCUCAUUGGGCGCGAGUCCCCGCCGCCCUCAUACACCUCCAGCAUGAGAGCCAAAUACCUCGCCACGAGCCAGCCUCGCCCCAACUCCAGCGGCAGCGGCCACUAGGCCCCCAUGGCCUGCCAUCUGCUCCACGUGCCAAUCCCCCUGCUCCUCCUGCGCCACACUGCCGCUUACAUCCACGGCCGCCCGCCGGACCCUCUGCACGUUCGCCAAGCCCGCUGCAGGCACCUCUGCGGCCACUUGCCCCUCCUGUCCCCCCUCUUCCUGCAGGGCUAUGGAGAUACCCGGCAUGAGCCCUAGGCCGGGGAGACUCAGGGGCCCGGGCCCACGCCCUCUCCUGGGGUCACCUGCCUGAACACACAGGAGCACCCUUGGCACCACCCUCGCCUCUCUGCCUCCCAAGGAUUUGGGUGUGCAGAGCCCUUCUCUGGGCCAGACUCGACGGUGCUGUGUCCCUGGCACUUCCUCCAGCAGCUGGCCCUCCCCUAUGGUCUGUCUCCUUUCCCCGCAGCGAGAUGCUUUUCCUGCACCCUCCAGGCUUCUGUGCCUCCCUUCUAAGUUCACAGGCAGCCUGCGCCCCCUCUGCCGGGCAUCUGGAGGGACAUCUGUGUGCCCUCCUGUUCCUCUCCCGCGGGGACACGCCCAUGGCACCUCCACGCUCCUCUCUGCAGCGUCGUCGACCUGACCGCAGGCCUCUCCCACCAGGUGCCAAAAGCUUAGGGAGGCCCCGCUUUCUCUGCCUCCUGCCCUGCACUGCUCUCCCUUCAGCACCCCGCUGCCUAUGGCUCCUGGCCCUCCAUGGCCAGGACAGCAGGUACCACGCCAAGCCAGGCUGCUCACCCAGUGCUGGCUGCCUUCUUGGUGCCAAAUCCCACCCACCCCGCCCCGACUUGGCAGCUUUGUUCGGUUCAUUUGCACUAACCACGUUUGUCAUCUCUAGAGCAGGUGGACUGCAGGCCAAGCGCUGCUCACUCCUCCAUCCCCUGUCCAUGCAGGACAGGCAAUGUCCCAGAGCCCAGCCUCGGGGAUCCAAGCUGGCUGUGAAUGUGCCCUUGGCCCCUGCCAUCCUUCUUGGGACUAACCACUAACCUCAUCCCAGCCUCCAAGGGUGCCCCCGACUGACCCUGAGCCAGCUGGAGGUCCCCAAGUGCAGGCUGGAGAUGAGGCCCAGCAAGUCAGCUGGGAGGCAGGCUGGCCUCGCCGUUUCUUCCUGGGGUGCUGUUGGGGCGGGGCUGUAGACACACAGGCAGCCUGAGGGCCUGGAGACCCCUCGCUGGGCAGGUGCUGCCCCAGGAGGACUCGUCCUCGGGAACUAUGUCCCUUGAGCUGUAGGACCAAGGUCCCUAUGGCCCCCGUCUCCCUAACCUGUGAAGUGGGAACAGGGCUUCCCUAAGGUGCUUUUGGCUUUAGUGUACAAUGUUUGCUGUGUUUCUGCUGUGGAGCCACCUCCAGGGCAGAAUGGGGAGCCCCCUGCCAGUCUCAGCCCUGGCCCAGCCAGCCUGGAACAGAGACGGUACAGGGGCUCUGGCCCGUGUAGCAGACCUGGGGCAGCAGAGGGCUGUGCAGCAGCUGCGUGCGAGGGCCCAGGUCCAGGUCUCAUGGCAAGCGGUGGGCUCUUCCUACCUGAGCAGAGGGGCUGCGGGGGGGGGCCGCCAUCCAUUCCUUCGUCAUCAUCAGCCUUUCUUUGUGCUGGUGUCUGGGACCAAUGGGUAAGUUGGGGUGGGGGACAGGCUACAUCUGCCCUGGUCCUGUAGCAGCCUCUGCCAGGGGAGGGGAGGGCAGUGUGUGGGCAGAGGAGGGCCUGGGGCCUGAGCCUUGCAUCUCAACCCCUGGGCAUAGCCAAACCUCACCGCAAGGCACUGUGUUCCCCUGGCCCCCUGGCUGCUGCUCUGGGCCCCCACAGCAGGCCUGCCCACCCUUUCCUCAGGCUUCACCUCUGGCCCCAGGUCAGGAAGGAGGCCCAGCAGCCCUGUCCAGUGGGCACGCUGCCACCACUCAGAAGCACAAAAGGCUUCCUGCAGCCCCAGUGAGGCUGCCCGCAAUGUGAAUGUACAUAGCAUGAGAGGCAGGUGGUGCUGGGUGGGCCGUGGCCCUGUGUGGGCUCGGGAGUCUCGCCAUGUGUCUUGCGCCUAUGUGCUCGUCCCGUGUGGCUUCCCCCAGUCCCUCUGCUCAUCAAGUCUAAAUACAGGGAAAGGGGAAAAGUCAGAAGGGUUCAAACCCAAGCCUCAGCCCUUGAGGGGGGAGUGCCGGUCCUGCUGUUAGUUUUCUUUCUCUACGUUUUCGGGGACCCUUUCUGAAGCACUCCCAUUGCAGUGAUCUCCCCAUACCCACUCCCCUCCCUGCACAAGUGGACGUUGCUCCCCUCAGGCAUUUGGUGGGGGGUCCUUAACCACGUGGGGACAGGAAGCCUGAGGGGGUGGAAAGUAGGGUCUCCAGGCCAUGAGGCCCACAGGGUCCAGCCAGCUCCGAGGCCUCUGAUAGGCUGGGCCAGCAGGAGGUGGGGUCCAGAGGGGGAGACUGGCUGAGGGGCUCCCUGUGCAGGUGUCCACUCCUGGGCUGCCUUGCCAUGCCCAUCUGCCCCAUCUCACUAUGCAAUUCCAGCCCCAGCACCCCUCCCUGCCCAGGACCCCUGCCAGCCUGAAGAAGAGUGGGUGACAGCCCAGGUCCCAACUCGGGGAUGGGUGGGGACCAGGGUCUUUUGUGGGGGACUUUUUGUUUAAACAUAAUGAUUCUGUGCUGUACGACUUUGUAUUUGUUAUAUAUAUAUAUAUAUCGGUAUAAUUUCGUUCAGACUCCAGCCCUCCCUGUUCCCCUCCUGGCCUUGCGCCCACCCCACCCCCCAGUGUGACCUAGCAUCCAGAAGGAACACGGGGACCUGAGGCCUGCACCACUCAGCAUCUUCCUCCACCCUCCGUAGGGCCAUGGCUGUACGUGCUGUCGCUGUGGUUUUUUUUUUUAACUGGGGUUGGGGUUUGAUUUUUAUUUCUUUGGGGGCUUUAUUUUUCUUGGCAAAUACUAAGAAAUCUCGUCAGUGUAAUUUCUGUGGUUUCUAUUCAGCUUGGAUUUUGUGUUUUAAAAUAAACAAGUUUUAAAAAACA